GUGACCAACGGCUGCUGUAGCUGCUGCGGCUACAGCCAGAAGAGACACACGCAGAAAUAGUAACUACGGCAGUUUGCGGACACACUCCUCAUAACAGUUGUAUUUUUAUCCAACAAACGGAUAUUUUACCACAACACGCACGCGGACCGAUUGUGAACAUAUUUGCUGCCCUGUCUGGAAGAUCUUCCUCACUGAACCUGGAUCAGCAUCCUUCCUCUUCUACGUCAUCCCAUCAAUAGCCUUUGGGCUUGAGAGCUGGAAGGGAUCAGAAUCACACAAGGCAGGUUCAAGAGACGAUAAACUGCUUUCUGGAGCAGCCGUGGAGCUACGCAGAAAGAGGGGCACCUCACAUGGGAGUGUGUGACUGUGUGUGUGAAGGUGUGUGUUCAGGCCUCCAGCCGUCGCCCGCUGUUCCCGGACAGGCAUGGCGGGGGUCCGAGAGCGCGGCUCCCGGACACAGAGGCCGUGGUCGGUAUACCGCGCCAACACAUUCGAGCUGUCCAACGAGAUGAUCGGCUUGGCUCUUGCAGGAAACAGUCAGGACCCAGAUGAGCCUGUGCUUGAGUUCAGCGUGGCCUGCACAGACCUGCUGACCCCUGCUUUGGAUCGGAAACCCAACAGCUUUGUAGCAGUGAGCUGCACGACACCCCCGCAGGCCUUCUGGACCAAACACGCCCAGACCGAAGUCAUAGAGGGCACCAGUAACCCCAUCUUCCUCAGCAGCAUCGCCUUCUUCCAGGAGUCCAACAUCAACCAGCAGACGCAGGUCAAGCUGGCCGUCUACGACGUCAAGGACCGCUCACAGGGAACGAUGUAUAUGUUGGGCUCAGCACUUUUUCCUGUUAAGGAGUUGUUGCAAGAGAGGAGCCACAGAUUACGACUCGAACUGAGAUCAGCGGAGAACGAGCGGGUGGGGAACAUCAGCAUAGCUGCGUGGCAGAUGGAGGAGAGAGCCGAUCAGAGGAUGUCGGUCAGCCGCCUGCCGGACAGCAUCAAUGGGCGGACGAUGCUGCCUGUGGACCAGAGCCUCACCGAGUCGAUGGGAGUCCGAAUCAAGUACGCCUCGCUAUGCAAAGACACCCUGCUGCGCUCAGUGUUUGGCGGCACCAUGUCUAGAAUGUACCGCUUCCCCACCACUGAUGGGAACCACCUACGGGUGCUGGAGCAAAUGGCUGAGAGCGUCCUCUCAUUAAACAUCCCCAGACAGUUUGUCAAACUGCUGCUGGAGGAGGACACAGUCAGGGUGUGUGAGCUGGAGGAGCUGGGAGAGUUGUCCCCUUGCUGGGAGAAUCUGCGGCGACAGAUUGUCUCUCAGUACCAGACCAUAAUACUUGCAUACCAGGAAACACUGUCUGACCUCAAUGACUACAGAGGUCCAUCGUUUAAAGCCAGUAACCUGAAGGCAGAGAGGAAGCUCGAGUUCAUGCCAACCAACCUACAUGUUCAGAGGAUGAGGGUGCACGAUGAGCUGGGCUUCGAACACACGUAUGAUGUGAUAACAAUCGGAGCUCCGGCCGCUCACUGCCAAGGUUUUAAAAACAGCGGUUUGAGGAAACUCAUCCAGAAAUUUGAGGAGGCAAAGAAACACGUAUAUGAGGAGGAAUGCAGCGCCCUCUCCAGCUCGCAGUCCAUCGUCUACAUACCCCAGGACAUCGUCCGCGCCAAAGAGAUCAUCGCCCACAUCAACACGCUGAAGACUCAGGUCAGCUACUACGCAGAGAGGCUUUCCCGAGCUGCCAAGGAUCGAUCUGCCAGUGGACUGGAGAGGACACUUGCUAUUCUGGCUGAUAAGACUCGUCAGUUGGUGACGGUAUGCGACUGUAAGCUGCUGGCUACAGCUAUUCAGGCCCUAAACGCAGCACGGCCAGAGUACAUCGCCUCCAAAGCGUCUCCCUCCGCUGAGUCGGAACAAGUAGUCCUGCGUAACGACCAGGACACGCUGCUUGCCAAGUGGAGUGGUAGCAACAGCCGAUCCUCGCUGCACGUAGACUGGCAUGAAGAGGAGUGGGAGAAGGUUUGGGUGAAUGUGGAUAAAUCUCUGGAGUGCAUCAUCCAGCGUGUUGACAAGCUGCUUCAGAAGGAGAGGAGGCCCAGCGUCAGCAGUCAGGACAGUACACAGACUGACCUGCAGGCCGGCGCCAGUAAGAAAGACGAGGAAAAGGAAGGGAAAAGACGAGCUUUCUGGAUCAACCCAGGAAGUAUACCAUCAUUACCUUCUUCAUCAUCAUCAUCACCUCCACGAUCAUCAUCACCACCACCAUCCUCUUCCUCUCUGCCUGCCCUCUACACUGCACAAGAAUUCUAUGGAAGCCCUAGUGCUGAGGAGACGUACCCAGGCGAGUGGAGCGAAGCGUUGUACCCUCUCCUCACUACGCUCACCGAGUGCGUUGCCAUGAUGAGUGAUAAGGCCAAAAAGUCCAUGGUCUUCCUGCUGAUGCAGGACAGCGCCCCGACCAUAGCCAUGGACCUGUCGCUGCAGUACCGGCGCGACGUGGUCUUCUGCCAGACGCUCACUGCUCUCAUAUGCGGCUUUAUUAUCAAACUGAGGAACUGUCUCCGUGACAACGGAUUCCUCCGACAGCUCUACACCAUUGGCCUGCUGGCUCAGUUUGAGUCUCUGCUCAGCACCUACGGAGAGGAGUUGGCCAUGUUGGAGGACAUGAGUGUCGGCAUCAUGGAUCUUCGCAAUGUCACCUUUAAGGUGACCCAGGCCACCGGCAGCGCGGCCCCCGACAUGUUGCCGAUCAUCACCGGGAACCGGGACGGCUUCAACGUCCGCAUCCCGCUGCCGGGAACCAUGUUUGACGCGUUGCCCCGGGAGAUCCAGAGCGGCAUGCUGCUGAGGGUCCAGCCAGUGCACUUCAACGUCGGCAUCAACGAGCAGCAGACGCUGGCUGAGAAGUUUGGAGACACAUCCCUGCAGGAGACCAUUAACUUGGAGAGUCUCUCAAGGCUGAAUUCAUACUACGAACAGUUCAAAGAAGUCCUGCCUGAAGACUGCCUCCCGAGGUCUCGUUCUCAGACUUGUCUCCCUGAGCUGCUGAGGUUUCUGGGGCAGAACGUCCACGCAAGGAAAAACAAGAACGUGGACAUCCUCUGGCAGGCAGCCGAGAUCUGCCGCAGGCUGAACGGGGUUCGUUUCACCAGCUGCAAAAGCGCCAAAGACCGGACGGCCAUGUCGGUGACCCUGGAGCAGUGCCUGAUCCUGCAGCACGAGCACGGCAUGGCGCCGCAGGUCUUCACGCAGGCCCUCGACUGUAUGCGCAGAAUUGGGACAAGGGAGGGGGUGAUCCAGAAGAACCUUAGCGGCUUGCUGCCGGUGCGUGACUUCCGGCUGGACCCCAGUCUCCUGUACACGCUGCCCCUGCUGGCCCUCAGCCCCAACCUCUUGGUGGUGUGGAUCUUCCUCAGCGUGGCCUAUUUCCUGGCCAAACUCCGCUGCAGCUGAACAGCCGCCAGCUGCUCUCUAUUGGGAGUGACCCACGUUUAUGAGGAGGGGUGGGAAUACUCCACACUGAAUCCCCAGGGUGUUUCUGAAACUGUGCCACAGUCCUGUGAGUGUGUAUGUAAUUCAUGCACACUGAUUCGGUACAGCAUGUACACACUGUCCCACCCUGACUAAGGGCUUGACACAACUGAUGCCCCUAUCUAUUAACGACCAAAUGUCCCUAUGAAACAGCUGCAUUGCAUCUGUCGAACCCAAAACUUCUUUAAAUCUUUAUCUGUAGACCAAUAAUUGAGCAGGUCUGGAUGGUUUUAACAGAGUACAAGUGGUUUAGCUAUAUUUAGGGUUUAGAAAACUGGUCUCAAACUGUGCAUUCACAUCCCAAACUACAGUUCUGGUGGAUAGCGCCCUCUAAUGGACAGAGCUGUGAUCUGUGUCACGGUCAGUGGGUAACGCUGCCUUAUUUCUCAUUCAAUCUUUCACUGACAACAAAGAAGACAGAAAACACAAAAGGGACAGUUUGUAAAGUUGUGAACCAUACGGUAUAUAGGCCAGAAAUUACAUCAGAGUUGUGAAUAUGUAUAAACAUAUGCAGAUUAUAUAUUAAUCUUGCUUUCAGGAAAGCGUUAUUGUUGAUGGUAGCUAUUAUAAUGGAAAUUGAUUGCUCUUCUUUCAUUUGUGCAAUAUGUCUAGCUUGUUUUAUUUAUCAUUGUCUUCCAUGUGCUUUUGCACCUUACAAGCUAAAGUGGUGGAAACAAAAGCUUUUAUUUGGUGCCAAAAUUAAGUAAGCUUACAAUGCUUAUGUAUAUUUUUUCUUAUGGCAUUUGUUUUAUUUAGUUUUUUAAGUCUUCCUGCUUUUUAGACAGUAGGAGGUAUUUUGCUUCUACUUCAGCCUGUGCACUUUUCAGCUGAUCUGGGUCAGUAAUGACUAUGUUUACAUGCAGCUAAAUAGAUCUAUUUUGACUAAUAUUAACCAAACUUUAGCCUUUUAAAAAAGAAUCAAUAUUUUAAAAGUAAUUGUCUGUUCACCCAUAUCUCAGAAUCGUAGAUAAAUAGAUGACAAAAGCGUGUGAAAACUUUGUAUGUAUAGGCUUGUUUGGUCCAAGAUAAAUGAACUGAACUCAUGUACACACUUCAGCCAGACUAAGAUGAUGAUAUGGCCCAAUUCAAUGAAAACUUUAGUGCAUAAACAGUAAUGCUACAUAAAAAAAACUUGAAAUCGUCUGCAUCCCUCUACUCAUUUGGCUCAAAGUGUUUUGUAUACCUUGCAUACCUUGCAUACCUUGAAUGAGGCCCAGUGACAACAUGCAUGACCCAUUUCCCAAACAUAAGGAGCCAUGUGAUUAAAGGCCACUAUGUGCAUUUUCCUGUGUAGCAGGAACUUUUGCACUGUUGACACUAGCUGCAGAUCUUGUAUGUGCUGUAGUGAGUGCUAGUGUGUCGGGAGCAAACCUUUUAUUUGUGUGAUCUAUUUGUGUGAUCCUGCAGAAUAAUAUUGCGUAAGGAAAUUAAUAUUUGACCUCUCCAUGGGAAGUCAGGAAGGAAAAAAAGAAAAAAAUCAUCUGCAGCAGUGGAUCCCACAAAAGAAGCUUCCCAUAAUCAGCGACAAUUGUAAUAGAACAAAUAACACAUGCUGACAGGGUAUAUUAACAAGUCAAGAAGUGGACCUGAUUGAAAAGAUAUGAUAACUGCCUAAAACUGCCACACAGGUGAUUUCAAUGGUUUUGGCUGAUAAUGCGUCUUCUCAGGACUGUGUGGGCUUGUACAGGCCUAAUCAACCAGAAGUGAAAACACCUGUGUGGGUGUUCAGAGGCUUUACAUUGCUGCAGAGUGCUGCAAAAUCAAAGGAACAAUGAAAAACAAUAUAAAAGCAAAUAUUCCGCUCUCAUAGACCGAAAACUAGACUGAAUUCUAUGGAGCUUGGAGUGUGCCAUCGGAAAUAAUACACAGUCAAUAUAUACUAAGGUAUGCAAGGUAUAGUCAGUAAGCAAAUGGGGAACAUAGUGGAGCAUUUAGCAGCAAAAGAGUCACAUUUCUUUGAAUGCUAUAUACAGUACAUAUAGUACUUGUGCGUUUGGUAAUCAAAUGAAAUUCUAUAGUUAAUGUUAAUUGAUACAUUUCCAUUGCCAGUCGUGUGUUCCUGUGUCCCAUCAUUCCUGAAAACAAGAUGGCCUUGAGCUGUUCUAGCCUGGCUGAGGUGUUAAUGUACUGUAUGGGUUCAGCUCAUGUGUAAAAGCAGUGACAUGUUUGAUGCUUUUAUACUUUUGGCUCCCUGAGAUUGAGUGUUUUACUGUCACCUGCCUUGAGGGCCAGCAGUGCACUUUUUGGCCCCUUAAAUUGGUCUCAGUGUGCCACACCGUCAGUGAUUCAACCCACAUCUGCUCUUCAGCUUUUUACGCCAGUGCGGUGAAGAUCAGCUUCGGUCUCGCCAAUUGACAGAGUUGAAUCUUUGUGUUUUAAGGAUGCCGUUUCUAAUUGGCUAAUGUUGGAAUGUACGAUCGUAGGAUAUUCAGGGGAAAAUGGGUUUGAUUAUGCAGUGUAGUGUUGUAGGUUCGACACCCUUUAGAGCAUUUAUGCAUACCAGUUUACAUUUAUUCAGAUGUUAACUUUGUAACAAACUGGUACAGAUUGCAGCUAUAAGUGUUAAUAUUAGCUUUAUAGGGUUGAGUUGCGUCGAGUUAAGGAACUGAUUUUAUUUGUAGUUGAGCUGUUAUAGAGUGAAUGAGGAAAGUAUCCAAGCUUGUGCCAAAUGCUUUAGUCAGGUUUUUAACAGAUGAAUGCAAGUUCCUAGGAUCUGUUUGCAAAGAGAUUAUGUCAGAAAAGAUGUGUUUGUGUCUGAUGCACUCCACCUCUGUUAAUUUAUGCGUCCUUGAAAUGAGAGAAAAUGUGUCAAGUUUGUUUUGUUUAGAGACCUCUCAGCUCACUUUACUGGACAAUAAUCUGCCAUUAUUCAUUAUUAUUUAGGGCAGCAAUUUACUGGCACAUAUUGCUUGAAAAAAUACUAAAAUAAUGAAUCAAUUUUCAAAUUAGAUGCUGAUUAAUUUUCUGUCAGUCAACUAAUCAAUAGACUAACUCUUCAGCUCUAAUCUAAGCCCAACUCCAAAUUGUUUCCCUUGUUUGAGAAAAAAAAAGAUUUCAGGAUGCUUUAGCUUACAAAUCAUGCACUUUUCAUAGAGCUUCCUAGAAAGAAUGUGUUAUUUUGUGAUACUAUAACCCCCCCCCAGGUAUUUCUUAUGUGUCUUAUGUUGUUGUGGAAACAAUUGUAAUUAUUAUAUUAUUAUUAUUAUUAUUUACAGUUAGCGAUACUGCAAAGCUCACAGUCUUAUUUCCCAGCUACUACAGAAUCAGCGCCAAUAACUGAUAUUUUCAGCCAAAGUACAAAAAUUGAAGAUUAAAAUACCAAAACUGUUUAAAAACAGGACAGGCUCGGAUUUGACUAUAGAAUAUGGCAAACGGUGGCAAUUUAGGAAAUGAAAGGGGAUAAAAAAAAAAAUGUGUCAAGCACUCCUGAACAAAUCUUGCAUUAAGAAACCAAGAGUUUUCAGGUUGCUUUACACACGGGAAACCUGCGUUGUUAAAAAAUCAAUGUCUCAGCCUGUGAAGCCAAACGAGAGCGUCAGUCUCCUCCACAGAGUGUCGAGGCUGCGUCUCAUUAACACGGAGCCAGUGAGGUAAUAUAUCCGAGCAAAAAUAGCCUCCUUUGGGAGUUUACUGUGAUCUCAUGACCCCUAAACACCACUCAAAUCCAGUAUAAUGAUCCAUGCGCUCUCAGUCAUGUCUCUUUUCUUUUUACAUUGGUACUGAGAAGUGAGGGCUGGAAUACUGAGCUGUGUAUCGGUCACUAGAAACCCAUCCAGUAUUUGUUGUAAAUACUGACAUUUACAUCUCUUGUCAGGAAUAUUGUGUUUCUUAAGAGAUUAAACCCAAAAGUAUUUGUGCUGCGUCACGAGACCUUCCGAUAACCAGUAGAAAAAAAUGCAUCGAACUGUGUUGCGCUAUCUGUUUAAAGGAAUAGUUUGACAUUCUGGGAAUUAUUUGCUUUCUUCAGCAAAAAAAAGAAAAGAAUUUAGGAAUUAUUUCAGGAAAUGUGUGGACUUCGUCACUCCAGUUUAGAACUACCUCUGUGAGUUAUACGUUAAACUUAGAGUUUAUUUAAAAGAAGUUAAAAUUACAUUUAAGAUACAUAUAUGUAAUGAUAUAAUCACUGAGCAGCAGGGAUGUGAAGGAAUGGGAAUUAUUUUAUGUAAAAUCUAUGAAGAUUUGUUAUAAAGUCACAUUUUCAAUUUCUGAUACACGUACCAUUAAUUCCCCUUAUUAAUACGUGUAAUUACACUGAAGUCCUUGCUAAGAGUAUUAAUUAAAAAGCAUUAUAUCAUUGGCCAAAGAGAGAAACGUCUCUUUUUGCCAAUGUUUUUCUUGUCUUUGUUGUUUUAUUCUUAGAGAUUUGUAUCUCUGUACAUGGAUAGUAUUUAUGUACUGUCUAAAACGUUUGCUAUACAUUAAGUUAUUCCAAAGCAGAGAAUAUGUAAAUAAUCUAUACAAUGCUAUAAUUAUGCUUGUGCCAUAAACGUCACGCUGUCACUUUAUAUCACAGCUUAAUGUGUCUUGUUAUAAUAUGCAGAUUUAUGUUUUUGUUUGACAUGAAUUGAAUUACUUGUCAUUGCUAAUCUGUGACACAACUUGCACUUUCAAACUUCUGAGCCCUCCUGUUAACAAGAUAAAUCCUAUUAUAUGACCAGCUUAUUUGGGUUAGGGUUAAUUGAAAAUAAUUCUGUAACUAAGAUCAUAAUUACCUCCUGCAAUGUGUUAUUAUGUUAAAAGGACGUUAUUGUUAGGAUGUUAUUUACUGCUGACCAAACCAAUGUCAAAAUUAAAAUAUUAUUAUUUAUUUUUUUUAGCUUCAAAUAAUAUGUCGUGGCUCCAUUUUUUGUUGUGUCUGUCAAAAUUGAUUUGUACAGGACGUGUCUAGAAAAGGUUGUUUUGAAAAUAUAUUUUUAAGGUAUUUUAAUUCUAAAAUCUGGCUCCUGGGUGUGAAAAGCAAUUAGACAGAUGCCAGGUCAGCAAACAACAGAACAUCUAUGGUGUUGAAUUAUCUUUGAUCUGUGUUUCUUCUCCUCCUUUGGCAUUAAGUGCUUUUCCUCCUGAGACUCAACAGCAGAUAAAUGUCCAGAAGCUUUAGCCCCGCUGCGCCCCAUGUUGCUUUAAAUGUACCAUGAACCCAAGAAAACCUCCAGUCGGUGUGUCCCUGAACGCCACACUCCUGUUGUAAUAAACAUUUUCUGCCUCCACCUGCAGAAUAGAACCAGA